GUUUGAUGAGAGACACAUUUAGACAUAUCUCUAACAGCUAUACAACCUGCUGAAACAUGAGAUUACAGACUAUACUAUCUUUGGUUUUGGUGUUUGCCGGGAUAAUUCAUGAAAUAGAGGCCACUUGUGAUGCUACGCAGGCUGUUUCAUGUGACGGGACUGUGGGACAGCCUUUGUAUCUACAGAUGAUCUCAAAAGAGAAAGCACAGAGAAUGCAACAAGAAUAUGAACUUAAAUUGCAAAUAAAAAACAAUAAUGGUGAAUCCAAACCACUUCGAUUUAAGAAAAACUCACAGAACAAGCCAAGAUGGACAUUUUGUCCAGACAAUGGGACCUUGAUUAUAAACCCUGUGGAGGGGAUUGAUUUUGGAAUGUACAAAGUAGAGAUCUAUCGGACAAACGGUGCCUUCGUGGCAAGUAGCAACAUGACGCUGAUAAAUGCAUCUAUCUCAGGGCAGCCUGCAAGUUCAGAGGCCACCAUCAUGACUCCAGCAAUUCAGAUAUCCACCAACAUUCCACCAACAUCAAUCUCCAACAUUAAACUCCAUCAGCAUAGUUACAAACUGUCAAAGGAAUGUCAGAACUUUUUCUACACCGUAAUGGUUGUAUCAGGAACUUUUGGAGUCUUCUUUCUGUGUUUGACUGUGUCAGGAGGAAUAUUUUACUUCUACAACGAACGAAAGAGGUGUCGGAGUACUCUAGUGUACUGAAAAGACAGAAGGAGCACACAGAGGCGCAUUCAAACUCUGCAAACAGUGGCGAACCUUUGUGACAAACAUGUUUUUUUUUCUAAACAGUUCAAUUUGAAUGAUUUUGUGUAAACAUUCUUCUUUUUUUUGGGGGGGGGGGGUAUGAU